AAGUUAAAGUGUGUGAUGACCUCAUGUGUCAGUAUUUGCAGGGAAGUGGAAAUCAUGCCUAAAGAGCAAGACACUUGUUUGAGACAGAGUGUGAAAUAGAUUCUGCUCAAGCCAAACACGAUCAGAGAAGCACCAUGGCCCGCGCUGACAUUGACAUGGACAUCCACAAAGAUGAGGAUCCACACACAAGAAGCAGCCAAAGAGACCCGCUGAUAAUACAGCAGUACCAGGCUACAGAGAUGAUGCCGGAUAAGAAAGGGCCACUGUAUGACCUGCUGCAGAAACAGCCAGCUGUGUUGGGGUCUCUGCAGAUGAUAAGCGGCUUCCUCAGCAUGGGAGUGGGAAUUCUCUUUUCUGUAACCCAGGACAUGACACAAUCUCUUUUCACCCUGUUCAGAGUCUCCCAGAUGACCGGAGCUCUCUUCUUCUUUGCUGGACUUGUUUCCAACCUGUUGUUCAAAUAUCCAGCAUUGUUGAGUGCAUCCCUCGCUAUAAACUGUGGCUGCAUCGUUGUAGCUGUUGUUGCAGCUUGUCUGAUAAGCAUCGACCUGGCUAAGUGGCAAUCUGAAAACGAUGAACAUUUAAAGAUGGAGGUGCUGGAGCUCUGUGUGUUGGGCCUCGAGGUCUUCCUCUCUGCAAUCCUCUGCUUCUGGUUUUCUAAAGAGAAACGUGCAAAAUCCAACUGAUGAGACUACUGAAGUUUUCUGAGAAGAAAGUUGAGAAUUUCUACUUUAAAUGAACUGUUUGUUUAUAUAAAUGUAUAUAUAGGAAGAGAGAGAGAGAGAGGCACAGGGAACUGUUGCUAACAAGACGUUAAGCAUGUUUUUUGUGUCUUUUUGUACAAGUGUGACUUUCUGUUCGUCUCAGUUGUCUACAUUGAAGUUAAAACUCCUGCUGCGCAGCCCGGCUGUGGUCUGCAUCUAAUGUUUGACUCGGACUAAGAACACAAGGCUUGUGGUGAGCAAAUGUCAGCGCCUCUCAUGAAGAGAAAACCACUCCUCAUCCUCCUCAACCUCUGUGCCUCUCUGUAACGGUAGUAGCGGGUCUCAUAGUGCACUUCUGGCUCUCUAUUUGCAAGGGUCUCUGUGUGAGUGUGGUUUUCAUACUUUGUUAUCAGUGAAAAUAUCUACUAGUUGCUUUCAGCUGCACUCACACUUCUGAUAGUUUCAGAAAUCUUUCCCAAACUUUGAAGCUUUCGUUUGCAACCUGUGCAGCCAUUCGCAGGUGGAAAGAAACAAAAGAAAUACACCACGCGUUAAUUGUGGUCAAAGAAAGAAUUACAACUAAAUGUUUAAAACAUUUUUAAUCAUCUGUACAAAUUUAUCACAAUGCAGGACUGGCCAUAUUGUCUGGAUUGUUCUGCUACUUUUUUUGCUCUGUAAAAUACAUCUACAAUAUAAACACAAGCCUAGUUCCUUAAAACAAAUGUACAGACGUCUGACGUACCAUCACAACAGUGGAUUUAAUGUGUCUCUUCUCAAUUUACAGUAUCAUAUUGAAAUGCCAUGUUCUGGUUGAGCUGUAGCCAAUAAAGUCUUAGUGCGCCGAA